UUUUUUCUGCUCAGCACUUUUCUGCGGUUGCCCACACGAAAAUUUUCUUUCUCUCUAUUUAGCAGACAAAACUCCAUAUCGUACACACAAAUUCGAAAGCAGCCAUGCCUGACAAUUCAGUGCCCAGCAUUCGGCCCGCCGAUGUCCGGAACAAGGCGCGGCGCGAAGAGAUCUACGGAAAACAGAAGACACUGAAGGCCAAGGCGAAGCGGCAGAAGCGCAAGGAGAUGAAGAGGGAGGAGGCGGAGAACCCCGAGCUGCGCGAGAAGCGGCUGCGCGAGAACGUGCCUGCCACGCAAGAGAACACUCGCGAGUUUGAUGAGGCUGUUGUAGCCGAUGCCGACGAGGAGGUGGCGAAGGACGAGGAAGAGGACGAGUUUGCACAGUACUUUAGCGGACAAACGCCCAAGGUGCUUAUAACGACGACGCCGAAUGCCGGUGGCAAGACAGUGUCGUUUGUGAAGGAGCUGCUGUCUGUGAUUCCGAAUCUCGAGUACAUCAAGCGCGGCAAGAAGUUUGAGCUGCAGCAGAUUAUCCAGUUUUGCCGCAACCGCGACUACACCGACCUAAUGGUGGUGUCCGAGGACCACAAGGAGCCGACGCACCUGACGAUUGUGCAUUUGCCAGAGGGCCCGACGGCACAUUUCCGGCUGACGCGGAUCAAGGGCGGCAAGGAGAUCUCGGGCCAUGCACGCGCGACGGCGCACCACCCAGAGCUGAUUCUGAACCAGUUUACGACCCGCCUCGGCCACACUGUCGGACGGAUGUUUGCUGCGCUGUUCCCGCAAGUGCCCGAGUUCCAGGGUCGCCAGGCGGUGACCUUCCACAACCAGAGAGACUUUAUCUUCUUCCGCCGCCACCGGUAUGUGUUUAGAAGCGGCAAGAGGGUUGAUCUGCAGGAGAUCGGGCCCAGGUUUACGCUGCGCUUGAGGUGGCUGCAGAAGGGCCUGUAUGACCCGCUCAAUGGCGAGUACGAGUGGAUCUAUAAGGCCGACCUGGAGACAAGUCGCCGGCGCGUGUUCUUGUAGGCGAACGCUUAGUCCUAGUAAAUGAUAGCACCUCAAGCUCUUGACAAGGCAUUGUCCACGUGACUGCUGACAAUCGCCACUCUG